AUGGCCAGUCCCGCUUCUCCCACAGACUAUCAGCGUCUCGACGCCUGGAUUGACGCCCACUUCGAGGAGGAGGUGGGCUUCCUCCAGACUUUGGUGCGGGUGCCCACAGACACUCCGCCCGGCAACAACGCGCCGCAUGCCGAGCGCACCGCCGAUCUGCUUCAAAGCUUCGGCUUCGCAGCCGAGCGCCACCCGGUGCCCGAAGCGGAAGUGUCCGCUUACGGUAUCGAAUCCAUCACGAACCUGAUCGUGCGCCGUCGUUACGGCGCUGGUGGCCGCACGGUGGCACUCAACGCUCACGGCGACGUGGUGCCGCCAGGCGAGGGCUGGACGCGCGACCCUUACGCCGCACUUAUCGAAGAUGGCGUGCUGUACGGCCGGGCUGCCGCGGUCAGUAAGAGCGACUUUGCGACCUUCACUUUCGCGGUACGCGCGCUGGAAUCACUCGAUGCGCCGUUGCGUGGCUCAGUCGAGCUUCACUUCACCUACGACGAGGAAUUCGGUGGCGAGCUGGGUCCCGGCUGGCUGCUACGCCAAGGUCUGACCAAGCCCGAUCUGCUGAUUGCCGCGGGCUUCUCGUAUGAGGUGGUCACAGCUCAUAAUGGCUGUCUUCAGAUGGAAGUCACGGUUCACGGAAACCAGGCUCACGCCGCCAUCCCCCACACCGGCGUCGAUGCCCUGCAAGGCGCCGUCAUGAUCCUCAACGCACUUUAUGCCCUAAACGCAGGCUGUCGUCUGGUGCGCUCGGAGGUGGAGGGCAUCACCCAUCCUUACCUUAACAUCGGCCGCAUCGAGGGCGGUACGAACACCAACGUCGUACCCGGUAAGGUCGUGUUCAAGCUCGACCGCCGCAUGAUCCCCGAGGAGAACCCGGCCGAGGUAGAAGCCGAGAUUCGCCAGACCAUUUCUGACGCAGCUGCCUCAGUGCUCGGGAUAUCGGUGGAUAUCCGUCGUCUGCUGCUCGCAAACUCGAUGCGGCCGCUCCCCGGCAACAAGCCGUUGGUGGAAGCGAUCCAGACGCAUGGCGGAGAGGUCUUCGGCGAGCCGAUCCCGGCGAUGGGCACCCCACUCUACACGGACGUACGUUUGUACGCUGAGGCCGGUGUCCCUGGCGUCGUCUACGGCGCGGGCCCGCGUACCGUACUGGAGUCUCACGCCAAGCGAGCCGAUGAGCGGCUUCAACUUGAUGAUCUCAGGCGGGCCACAAAGGUUGUCGCACGUAGUCUGCGUGAUUUGCUGGCUGGGGAAUAA